GCGGGGCCCGCGCGCAGCGCUCCCUGGCAACGCGAGGCGUCAGAGCCACUCGAUCUCACCGCCACACGUAGGCUUCUGUUGUAACUCAACAACAAUAAUAAUACGCAAAUACAUUUUAAGAUGAGCUUCAAAACCCCCGACGCAAGGACAAGGGAGUCGCAGGCGAAGGCGGUGCAGCUGUCGGUGACCACCGUGGAGAAACACUUUGGAGAGCUGUGCCAGCUGAGCGCCGGCUAUGCGCGCAAAACGGCGCGGCUGCGCGACAAGUCGGACCUGCUGGUGCGCGAGCUCAUGGCCUACUCGGAGACGGAGCGCCCGUCGCUCAAGAUGGGCCUUCGGGCCUUCGCCGAGGAGCUCUCCAAAGUGCAGGACUAUCGACAGGCUCAGGUUGAGAGGCUCGAAGCCAAGGUGGUGGAACCUUUAAAGUCAUACGGAGCCACCAUCAAGAUUAAAAGGGAGGACCUCAAGGCCGUGCUGACGUCGCAAACCCGGGAGGCGAAGCAGAUGCAGCAGCUAGAGAAGAUGCGGCAGAGAAACCCGUCGGACCGACACAAUAUCUCUCAGAGCGGCGCGGGAAAGGCAGAGACGGAGCUGCAGCGCGCCACGGUGGACGCAGCGCGCUCGUCCCGGCAGCUGGAGGAGACCAUCAACGAGUUUGAGCGGCAGAAAAUCAAGGACAUCAAGAAGAUCCUGUGCGACUUUGUGACGGUGGAGAUGGUGUUUCACGCCAAGGCGCUGGAGGUGUACUCGCAAGCUUACCAUCACAUGCACGCCGUGAAUGAGGAGAGUGACCUCGAGGCAUUCCUCAAUACCCUGCGGCCCUCCGACUACCAGGCACGCCUUGACACGGUUCUGCAGAACUCUCUGUCCACCCUCAACGGCACCGGUUCGCCCCAGCCAAUGGCAAGGUCUCAGACGGGUGCUACUGGCACACAGCGCAACAAUGUGAGGCGGUUGGAAGAUGACGAAGAUGAUGAUGAUGACGACGAAGAUGAUGAUGAUGAUGAAGAUGACGAAGACGACGAUGAUGAUGAAGAUGAAGACCAACUUCAGGACGUGACAUCGGAAGACUUGGAUAACCGGCAGAGUGGCAGUCGGCGCUAGAUAAUGGAUUUCACACACAGUCAAUGCCUAUGAAAUUGUAACAUUUCAUAUUUAUAAAGAGUCCAGUGUAGAGUCUUGAGUCACCAAACCUCGUAUCAUUUCAUUUGAACAUUCAAAAUUAAACUUGUCCCAUUACUUAAAUGAGCAUUAGGCAAUACUCUGGGCCGGUGGGGGAAAUGCAGCAUUUCUCUGCUGGGAACCAGUCUGUCCAUAGUAGUUCUUAUUUUAUCCACCCUGGAGUAAUGAUAGGCUGAGUUAAUCCUUGAUCACAAUUUAAACUCAAGACAUUUUAAAAGCUAAUCGGAUGCUCUGCCACUACGCCACAUGGCUAGCCGUCUUUUUAUAUUUUAUUUUUUAUCCCCCCCCCGGUGUGAUCCUGAAUGUGCUAUCGGGGUCAUGUCAUGAGACAAAUUUCAUAAGGAGCUCUUGCAAGCCGAUUGAAGUGGACAUCACAAAGAUGUCUCUAGAGAUCCCGUCAUUUGCCCUCUGGUCCACACAAAAUAACUCGGCAGACAAUAUCUGUCCCUGCACGUAAAAAAAAACUGAGUAGAGUUGCACGUUAAACAAAACAGCAUAUUCUAGUCCACACAGUACUCGCUACACUUUUCCACCAGUAGGAGACACCCUUUGCCUGCAACAGAGUCUUGUUCAGCAACAGUUCUCCGAGCUAUAAGUAAUCAAAAUUAAUUGCGUGAAAGUGAAUGCAAUGGGGUUUCUUCGUUUUGUGUGCAGUCCAUUGCCGACCACGCCUGAGACCAUAGGCUCACUCCACUUAAAAAAAAAAAAUUCGGUCUGUUUGCAGGCUCGCUGGAUGACCCGGCUGCCUGGAUUUAAAUCCAGGAUCUCGGCAGCACUGGCUCGGCCGCUCUUGAUCCCCUGAGCCACCCCGGGCACCCUCCCGGUCCAGGCACCUCUUUUUUUUUUUAAAGAGGCGUUUGAACAUACAAACCCAUACGAUGUCCAUCCCGUUUAAGUGCAAAGAGAAAAAAAAGAUGCAGUGCAGUGCCAUUGGACGUCGAAAACUCACUUUUUAUUUAAAAAAAAUUUGAUGGCGCUUUUGAGUGGCAGAUUUUGGUGAGGAGCCUACGUAUGUAAAGAAUAUUUUUUUUCAGCAAAAUAGAUUCAUGUACUGGCUGCCAGCGUAUUGGCAGCCAAUCCAAGUACAGUAAAAUUCCACUUCAUUGUCCCCAUUGUCUACACUGGCCUCUUUGAGAAUAUGAUGUCUUAGUCUUUUACUCCAUUCCAUUGCCUUUGUGAGAUGCUUCACAUCGGUGCCAAAACCUUCACACAUUCCACGCGUUUGGGUUCACGGGCGCGAUUGAAGGUUCAACGAUUGCAGCCUUUAGCGUAACCACUUCUGUCGUCGCUUUUCGGGGGUUUGCUGUGCGAUGUACAACCCACGGCCCCUCGGUGUGUUUCGCCUGGUCGUGUCGUGAAACGUCGGACAUCUUUCCGAUCGAAACGCGGUGCACGCUAAAAUCGCGUUGGAGAGAGCGAUGCACGGCGCGGUCGUGACAAACCUACGCGGCAAGGUAGAGCGAAGUUCCAAUGUUUGCUCAUUCAGCAGAUGGCACGCGUUAAAAUUAUACCCUCGCCGCUGCUUGUCAUUUUCAAGUGGCGCAUUUACAAGUUUGUAAAUGCGGUCAACGUCGCUUCUUCCAAAGUCACAUGUCCACCCUGACCAGUGAGCCGCCCUCACCCGGUGCAGUGUUUGCCCGCGCGGAGUAACUUUCUCUUUUUCUAAAGAUGUUCACAUGUCCGACCUUUUUCACAUAUCCCCCAAGACCUCGGUCCCCCGGUAAAGUCGGAUAUGCGACGUUGGACUCGCCACCAACGAUCGCAGUUUGCAAUUCUACAAAUCCUUCCAUACGAAGUCGAACAACAAUACAGAAUGACAAUGCAAAUACAUUGUUUCCGCGAUUGUAGUUCUAUAUAUAUUACAAUGUCUAGUCAAAUGAAAAUAUUGCAUAUUUUGCAGAAGAUUUUAAGAAUGUGCACUAAAUGCUACACAAUUGGUAUACUUUCAUAACCUUAAUCACCACAAUUUAAAAGGAAAAUUAAACAAAUUCUAACCAUGUGAUGGUUAAAAUGGCAAAAAAACAACAAUGAAAAACGGACCAUUUAAAGCAUUGUCUCACGACGACAACCAAAAUCUCCCACUGCAAACAUCAAAAACUAAAAAAGUUGCCGGUGGCAAGUCGUCUGAACAGAGCACCCCAAUCAAACACUAUCCCUUCCCAAAACCUCCAGCCAACAACGAAUCAAGCAGCCACUCACCCUGACCCGAGGCUUGGUGGGGGGGGGGGUACAUUCCUUUUCUUUAACGAGAUCCGAAUGGGAACAUUCAUUUCAAGUAGCCCUGGGUGCCGCACAUUAGCACCCACACAUUACCGCCGUUGUGUCCACCAAUAACGCGAGAGGAAUAACUAGGGGGUUUCACCUUUUUGCCGCGCUUGUGCGUUGCGCACGGCCUGCCCUCCGCCCGCCUGCCCUCCGCCCGCCCGCCCGCUCGCUCGCAGUUUGGCUUCGGCUCGCAAUUCCCACGCGUUCGGAGACGCGGCCAAGUUUCUCGCUGUCAAUUCUAGAUUUGAAGUUUUCGUGAUUGCAAGGAUCCAUGCUCUUUGGUUCUCUUCGGUAAAGUCACGUAGAUGAAGACUAAUAACAAUGAAAAUAAUAAAAUGAAAAUAACUAAAUUCAAUCACGACGUUUCGGGCGCGACACAAGCGUCCGUCAUCAGGUGACGACAGCGAGUGUUGCUCGCGAGUAUUGCUCGCUGUCCUGGAUUAUUAUAAUCAAUUUCUCGUCUUGCCCAGGAAAGCCACCCCAGAGUCCCGAAGGUUUUUGUCGGGAGGGUUUUGCAUUUGGGAUGUUUUGCCAGCACCAGGUUUAUUAUUGUAUUGUUUGUUUUCGCUGUGAGAGGAAACUGGAGAAUUGGGAGGUGACCCAUGCAGAAGGGAGGGGCGAGGGGGGGCAUACAAAUCACACACAGAAAGGUGAGUAAAUCAGGAAUCUAACCGAGGCGCUUCUUGCUGUGAGGCACACGGUGUUAAGCGCUGGUGUUACAGACGUGAACGCGCUUCCGAUAUGAGGAAGCCACUGAAGCUUAUGCACUUUUAACAGCAUCAAGAGUGAAAACUCACUAAUUAAGAACUGCUUUUUGUGUUGUCCUUCACACCGCACCUCCGAUUAGCGCGGUUGGCUACGUACGGUGCGAAAGAAGUUCAACAUACGUACAUGCGCCACGCUGCCACCCGAUUGUGGGCCGCUUCAGAGUGGCAGGCCUCUUGUGGUCACGGGUCAUAGGUUGCCCAACCCUGACCUUAUUACCGCUCCCCAAAUGCCAACUUCUGCCUCUUUGCCAAGGCCCCCCCACCCCAUUAACUGUCCGUCGUUUGGUGUUUGUGGCACAAGUCUGGUACUGUAACAGUAAACUUGGACAAUUCGUAAAUGG